AUGAGGCUACUGGAGGAAAUGGCUGUUCGUAAAGCCCUGAGGAGAAACAGGCUAUGCAGGGAAUUCCUCAACUCUGUCUCUUACCAGAUAUGCUGUUGCUGUGGCCCUUCUCCAUGUUCUUUGUGCUGCUCCUGCUGCCCCAGCAUUAAAGUCUCUACAGGGACCAGACUCCUAUACACACUUUUCCACAUUCUGGCCUCUACAGUCUGCUGCCUCAUGCUCUCCAGAAAGGUAUCAGAGGCUGUCAAGGAGCAUGUGCCUUUGUUUUCACUGUUAUGCAAACACCUUCCUGGAGGCACAGACUGUGAUAUGCUUGUGGGUUACUCAGCUGUGUACAGAGUAUGCUUUGGGACGGCUUCUUUCUACUUCAUUCAGGCAGUUUUCCUUGUGAAUGUAAAAUCAACAGAGGAAUUCAGAGCAAUGGUGCACAAUGGAUUUUGGUUUUUGAAGUUCCUGAUUCUAGUUGGCAUGUGCAUUGCAGCGUUCUUCAUUCCCAGUGAUUCAUUCAUUCGAGUGUGGCACUACAUAGGCAUAUGUGGAGGUUUCUCAUUCGUCUUAAUCCAAUUAAUCCUCAUCACAGCUUUUGCUCACACCUGGAAUAAGAACUGGCUGACUGGCGCAUCUAAAGAUAAGCGCUGGUAUUUUGCAGUUCUGUUAGCUACACUGGUAUUCUACUCAAUAGCCUCUGUGGCCUUCUAUUUCCUGUAUAAAUAUUUCACACACCCAGCCGGCUGUCUGCUGAACAAAGGACUGAUAAGCAUUAACAUCAGUUUGUGUAUAAUUAUGUCCUUCACUGCUAUCACCCCUUGUGUCCAGCUAAAGCAGCCUCGUUCUGGUUUGCUCCAGGCCUCCAUCAUCAGCUGUUAUGUCACAUACCUCACCUUUUCAGCGCUGUCAAGUCGGCCGCCAGAAAGAGUGCAGUAUAAAGGGGAGAAUCUCACCAGCUGCUUCCCCAGCAUCAGCAGGGAUGGACUAGAAACAGAAGAUGCUACCAUUGCUAUAAUUGGAGCUGCUAUCAUGUAUGCUUGUGUCCUGUUUGCCUGUAAUGAAGCCUCCUACCUUGCAGAGAUGUUUGGUCCUUUGUGGAUGAUCAAAGUAUAUACAUAUGAAUUCCAGAAAGCAUCUUGCUGCUUUUGUUGUCCAGAAGAGGAUGAGGAAGGAGGGGAUCCUAGUUGUGAGGAAAAUGAGGAUAACACUGGUGGUCAAACAGUGAUACACGAUGAACGUGAACGUGUGAUCUACAGCUAUUCUUUCUUCCACUUUGUUUUCGUACUGGCCUCUCUCUAUGUGAUGAUGACGCUUACUAACUGGUUCAGCUAUGAAAAUUCUUCUCUGGAGACCAUCUUCACCCACGGGAGUUGGCCUACAUUUUGGAUCAAGGUGGCAUCUUGUUGGACCUGUGUGCUUUUGUAUAUGUGGAUCCUAUUAGCACCAACUUGUUUUUCUAGCACAAACCAAACCAAAAGGAAUGGGCCUCCGCAACAUAUACUUAGAAGGAGAGCUUUUCGGAGAGUCACCGUUUCAAAAUGAUAACUUUGUCUCCACAAAGACAACUUGUUAAACUAUCAAUGUGGUUUGAGUUAUCAGGACACUGAUAUAUAAAAAAUGACUUUGGUGAAUAAAGAAAGUGUUGAAUGCGCCCUGUGAACAAGUAUAAAAGUACUGAUGCCUACAGCAAAUUAUCAAUCUGGGUUACUUGGAACCAUAAAAACACUUAGUCAUUGUCAUAAGGCACAAGUAACCAAAGCCAUAUACUGAUCUGGGAAAUUAAUUUACUAUCACCAUUGGUUCCUAAGAUAAAUGUGCAUUUAACCUAAAAGGAAGAAGGACAUUUAGAGCUAUUUACUAAUACAAACCAGUGACUCGUCUCUCAGUCAUUCCCCAGUAAAUGGAUUUUAUUACAGGGUAUGUGAGUAAAGUGUUACUGUUUGGUGCUGAAAGAACCACCAACACAUUUGUA